GGGCUUCUGGGGCGCCACCACUACUGUCCCCAACCCGCUUCGCCAGACGGGUCUAAAACACAGCUUGACUCACGGCUCUGCCACCAGCCCACGGCUCCUGCGAAGUUAUAAAACCUGCCACUGCGGGAGGAGGCACAGUGCUGCCCUGAGUCGUCCGGCCUGAGCACGCAGACAUGACCCGAGCCGCAGCAGAGCGAGGCCAAGGGGCUACAGGCUGGGGGCUGCGUGGCGCCCUGGUGGCCGUAGCGCUGCUGUCUGCGCUGAACGCCGCGGCCACCGUGUUCGUGCUGUGCCAGUGGCGCGGGCUGAGCGCGGCGCUGCGGGCGCUGGAGGCGCAACGCGGCCGGGAGCAGCGCGAGGACGGCGCCCUACGCGCCUUUCUGGCCGAAUUGAGCCUUGCGCCGGCCCGGGUCCCCGAAUCAUCCCAGGACCCCAUGAGCGCGGCGCGCAACAAGCGCAGCCACAGCGGCGAGCCUGCAUCACACAUCCGUGCUGAGAGCCAGGACAUGAUGAUGAUGAUGACCUACUCCAUGGUGCCGAUUCGGGUGAUGAUAGACCUGUGUAACAGCACCCAGGGCAUCUGCCUUACAGGACCACCUGGCCCACCAGGACCUCCAGGAGCUGGUGGGUUACCAGGCCACAAUGGAUCAGACGGACAACCUGGUGUCCAGGGUCCAAAGGGAGAAAAAGGAACAAUUGGGAAGAGAGGAAAAAUGGGGUUACCUGGAGCCACAGGAAAUCCAGGGGAAAAGGGAGAGAAGGGAGAUGCUGGUGAACUGGGCUUACCUGGAAAUGAGGGCCCACCAGGGCCGAAAGGUGACAAGGGAGACAAAGGAGACGUGUCCAAUGAUGUGCUUUUGACAGGUGCCAAAGGUGACCAAGGUCCCCCUGGCCCACCUGGCCCCCCAGGGCCCCCAGGCCCUCCUGGAAGCAGAAGGUCCAAAGGCCCUCGACAGCCAAACGUGUUCAACAGCCAGUGUCCAGGGGAGACGUGUGUCAUACCCAAUGAUGAUACCUUGGUGGGAAGAGCUGACGAGAAAGUUAAUGAGUCCCAUUCUCCACAGACAGAAUCCAUGAUCACUUCCAUUGGCAACCCAGCCCAAGUCCUAAAAGUGAGAGAGACUUUUGGGACUUGGAUAAGAGAGUCUGCUAACAAAAGUGAUGACCGCAUUUGGGUGACUGAACAUUUUUCAGGCAUCAUGGUGAAGGAGUUCAAAGACCUGCCGGCACUCCUCAAUGGCAGCUUCACCCUCCUCCACCUCCCACAUUAUUUUCAUGGCUGUGGGCACGCUGUCUACAACAACUCUCUCUACUACCACAAAGGAGGCUCCAACACCAUUGUGAGAUUUGAAUUUGGGAAAGAGACAUCUCAAACUCUGAAGCUUGAAAAUGCUUUGUAUUUUGAUCGAAAAUACCUCUUUGCAAAUUCCAAGACUUACUUCAACAUAGCAGUGGAUGAGAAGGGCCUCUGGAUUAUCUACGCUUCGAGUGUGGAUGGCUCAAGCAUCCUCGUAGCCCGGCUGGAUGAGAGGACAUUCUCUGUGCUGCAGCACAUCAAUACCACAUACCCCAAAUCCAAGGCUGGCAACGCCUUCAUAGCUCAAGGAAUCCUCUAUGUCACAGACACCAAAGACACGAGGAUCACGUUUGCCUUUGAUUUGUUAAGCGGAAAACAGAUCAAUGCAAACUUUGAUUUCAGAAUGUCACAGUCUGUUCUUGCCAUGCUAUCGUACAACAUGAGAGACCAGCAUUUAUACUCAUGGGAAGAUGGCCAUCUGAUGCUUUAUCCUGUGCAGUUUCUGUCAGCAGCAUUAAGCCAGCGAUAGGCUUGCUGUCUGCUCCCUCAUUAUACUCCACAUGCUUUCUAGGGUUUGUUCAAGCCCAACAGAAAGCUAGCCUGUAAAGGAUACCCAGAUACUCGGAGCAUAAGCCCGAGCCACAGGCUCUUGUGCAAGCAGCGAGUCCUCUUUCAGCCAGGUUGCUUAAAUAGUUAGAGAUUGGAAGUAGGAAUGGAUGAGAUCCUGUGACCCUUAAUCCCUCCUCAGACUCAGCAAGUUAGCUCUCCCCCGUGACGUUAGUGUCCCCAUCGGCAAUAUGAGACAUCUGAGUAUGACUGACAACAUUUCCUCUGCCUAUAUGAAGUUCUGUGAUUCUUGCCUGAUCAUAUAUUAGAUUGCUUUCUGGUUUCUUAUUUUUUUUCUCCACAUGUAAAUGAGUUUACCUGCAGCUUGAGGGGUGCGCCUAUCAGUGAUGACAUACACUUAUUAGGUACUUAGGGAAGGUGCACUGGCUCUUAUGGCUUCUAAGGUAUUAUAUUAUCCAUUAUUUGUUAUUUUUCUCUGAAUACACACCAGCCACUACAGAACGAUUCUAAUUUUCAGCUCCUAAAGACAAAUCCAA